AUCAUUAGAGAUUUAAUAUUGCGAGUGUGAUAUCGUGUAGACACACCACAGUGUUAAAAAUUUUACCUUAUAAAUAUAGUGGCCAGAGGAUGCCAUGGUGAAGCAAGCUGAGAAAUAACUUUUUAGUAACAAGAGAGAGAUAAAGAAGAGCUAAAGAGAGAGAUGAAAAUGAUGCAAGAGGAGAACCGGAAAGGUCCAUGGACAGAACAGGAGGACAUACUUCUGGUAAAUUUUGUUCACUUAUUUGGAGAUCGACGAUGGGAUUUUAUAGCAAAAGUAUCAGGUUUGAAGGUGGAGGGAGAAAGAUAAGAAUAGGUUUGAACAGAACAGGAAAGAGUUGUAGGCUAAGGUGGGUUAAUUACCUUCAUCCUGGUCUCAAACGCGGCAAGAUGACGCCACAAGAAGAGCGCCUCGUCCUUGAGCUUCACGCAAAGUGGGGAAACAGGUGGUCUAAAAUAGCCCGAAAAUUACCGGGCCGAACGGAUAACGAGAUAAAGAAUUACUGGAGGACUCAUAUGAGGAAGAAAGCUCAAGAAAAGAAACGUCCUGUUUCCCCAACUUCCUCAUUUUCCAACUGCAGCUCUUCAUCUAUGACCACUACAACCACCAAUACUCAAGAUACAUCGUGCCACUCGCGGAAAUCUUCAGGGAAAGUGAGCUUUUACGACACUGGAGGAUCCCGAUCCACGGGUGAGAUGAUGAGUCAAGAAACCGAAGACGUAUACUCUAUGGAUGAUAUAUGGAGAGAGAUUGAUCACUCAGCAGUAAACAUAAUAAAACCGGUUAAAGACAUCUACUCAGAACAAAGCCAUUGCUUAAGUUACCCAACUCUGGCUUCUCCAACAUGGGAAAGCUCAUUGGAUUCUAUAUGGAACAUGGAUGCAGAUAAAAGUAAGAUGUCGUCUUCCUUUGCAAAGGAUCAGUUUCCUUUCUGUUUCCAACACAGUAGAUCACCAUGGUCGCCAGGUUAAAAUUAAGAUUUAAUUCAUUGAGAUAAAUCUGUUUUAUAUAUAUGUUAUAUAACUUAUAAAUACUUUAAUAAAUACAAUAAUACCUAACGAAUGUAAUAGUUUUGUUUGAUGAGCACAAAAACAGCGUAAGUCUGGACUCUGUAAUCAUCACUUGUAUAGUAAGUAACAAGCUUAAGUUUGUGUCUAUAAUGAAUAAGAAUAAGUCUUGUGAUACUA